CAAAAUGUGUGCCACAUACAACAAAUCAAAGAAAUUCUCACAUAACCUGAACUCCAUAGACAACAGAAAGUGAAGAACGCAAGAAAAUAAAAUAAAAAUAUAAAUAACAAAACAACUGAAGCAGAAGUGGAAGCAAAAGAGCAGAAGCUGAAUACGGAGAAGAAUCAUAACCAAAAGAAAAGCUUUAACUUAAAUAUUUUUUAAGUAUACAACUAUACAUAAAUAUAAACAAAAAAGAAAAAAGAGAAGAAAUCUUAGCUGUAAGCUAAAUAAGUACGUACAUAAACUUAACUUAAACUUAAAUACUUAAAAUAAUUGAGAACUAUCGCAAGUGCAGAGACCAACCAAAUAUAUAAACCUAAUGGCAGUUUGUGAUUCUCGGUGAUAUGGUGUAAAUGUGAUAAACGAUGUUAUAAAAGUUUUAAAUGCAAUUACAACAAUAAUAAUUAAACCAAUAACGACAACAACAACCGCAACAACAACAACAACAAACGCUAAAUUCUUAGCGAAUUGUGUUUUCGACUCUACGUUUUUUCAUUUCGCAACAUUUUUUUAAAAACAAAAACCAAAAGCAAAAAAGUAUAAAACAAACAACAAUAAUAACUAUAUACCUAUACUAUAUACACCCAUAUAUAUACAUACAUAUAUAUAUAUCUAAACUUAACUAAACUAAGCCUUGUCUCUAUAAGUCUAUUAAAUAAUACUUAAUACUACAAAUAUAUAACUAAAUUAAGUCGCACAAAAACCAAAUAAAUUACAAAACAAAACAAAUAUAAUCCCGUGGAGUAGCAGCUGAAAAAGGCGUAGUGAUUUUUUAAUAUUCUAUCAACUGCACUGCCGGCAUAUUUUUGACAAUAUAUGAUUUUAAUCUAACAAACAAAAAACCAAAAAAAAGAACAAGCCCAAAAUACCAGAAUACAUACGUACAAAGAUUAUAAACUAAACUAAAAACAAAAAACAAAACGAAACUUUAAUCGUAUGCAAAGAUUCUUAUGAAACAAGCAAACCAAAAAGACAACUAACUACAGCAGAAAAAACAACAACCAGAAACUGGAGCGACAAACAAAAUGCAAUAGUUAUUCUCACUCGCAAAAAAAGUACAUUUUACAUAAACUGUGAUUAUGAGUUCCACAAAAUCUCAAGUAGCCCUUGCUACAAAUAUUCCAACCAACUUAGCCUCCGCCUCCGCCUCAGCCACCUCCACUGCGGCCGCCGCCGUUGUUGUUGUCGCCGCCGUUGCCUCAAAUAACAGUACGACGUCACCAGCAACAGGAGCAGCAGCAGCAGCAGCAACAUCAGCAGCAGCACCAACAGCAGCCGCAGCAGCCACUACAACAACAACUGCAACUGCAGGACAGGCAGUGACGUCAUCGACAACAGCAGUCGCAACAACUGCAACAACCGUGUCAACAAUAACAACACAAACAACAGCCAGCAACAACAACAACAACAACAGCAACUGCAGCAACAGCAGCAGCAACGAGGACACAUCUUCCGCAUCGAAUUUGGGGCGUCAGAAUAGUUUUGGCAAUAGACGCGGCAACAUGAAGGGCAAACAUCUCACACGCAGUCAUGCCAUGCGCGAGUCGACAUCGCCGCCACGCACGCCAACGCCUCGAGCUGCCUCCGAGCAACAGCAACAGCAGCAGCAACAGCAACACCCCAGCGAUGCCCACGAACACAACAACAAUAAUAACAACAACAACAACAACAGCAAUGCCAUACUAAAUAAUAAUAAUAGCAAUACAAAUACCAAUAGCAAAGCACAAUCAACUGGACGCGGCAAUUCGCCGCUCAUGGAAACGCCUGCUGUGAUUGUUACUAGUCAACAGCAGCAGCAGCAACAACAGCAACAGCAGCAGCAGCCGUUGAAUGUGCCGCUGCGAGAUGAGCAAGAGUUUCCCAAGUUGUCGCCGCCAAAGAAAUCUGGAGCUGGUCAACAUAAUCGCACCAAUAGCAACGGCAGCUCUGGCAUCGAAUACAACAACAACAACAACGGCAGCAACGGUGGCAACAGCAACAACAACAAUGGCAAAAAAUAUGUGGUGGAUCUAAAAGCCAAUGGACUCGACAAGCAUCACAACAACAACAACAACAACAGUGGCAGCAACAACAACUCUGGUGCAGUGCUCUACAACUCGGGCAUGAAUUACAAGGCAGCUGAGCGACAUGAACGCCACGAACGUCACGAGAUGUCCAGCCAGAAUAGCAAUCUCAGCAACAGCAACCACGAAGAGGAGCAGUAUCACUAUGAGCGUUCAGCUGGCGGUGGCGGUGGCAAAAAGCAUCGUGCCAACACCAAUUCCAAGGGCUCUAAGCCACGCUUGAAGAAUCUUACCGGCAGCUCUUCGGGCAGCAUUGAUGGCGGCGGAAGUGUUGGCGGUGGCGGUGGCAAUGGUGGUGCUGGUCCUGGUGGCGGUGCUUCGGGCGUUAAUAAUUGCAACAACAAUUCACAGACGCUCAACUCGAACAAUUCGAGCAACAACACAUCGGGCUUUAUAUCGCGCGUCUUUCGUCAAUCAGAGAACUCGAGCGAACAGUACACGGAUUAUGGUGGCACCGAUCUGUUGACAUUCUUUCGCGAUACGCUCAACAAGAAUCCCAAGGAUCGCAAUAUACUGUUGAAAAUCGAAAAGGAUUUGAUGGAGUUUGUCCAGGAUAAAAGUCGUGGCUGUGAGUAUCGAUUUCCGGCAACCUCCUCGUACAAUCGCAUGCUCAUACAUCGCACGGCUGCCUUCUUUGGCAUGGAUCACAAUGUGGACUCGGAUACGCAGCAGUGCGUCAUUGUGGCCGUAACCAAGGGCACUCGCAUACCAGAGAUUCGCUUCAAAUCGCUGGUGCGUGGCGACCAUCGUGAUGAUGCACGCAAGUCAAUUCUGAAGCGAGAUACGCAUAGCUUCGACGAGGUGCGUCAGUCGCCAUAUCUUUGCCCGGAACGUGUGAUGCUCGAUCGCAAGGCCAAGAGCUUUGAGGAGCGCGAAGAGGAUUAUGAUCGUGCGCGUAGUCGCAUCUUCAAUCGCACCGCACAACAGGAUGGCUAUGGCAACGAGAUGCCCAAUGAUGAGUGCUAUGGCGGUGGAGGUGGCGGUGGCGGUGGUGGCUGGCACAAUGCAGUCGAACAGCAGCAGCAACAGCAGCAACAACAACCGCCCAGGCCCAAGCGACCCAAUGGCAAAAUGUUGCAAAUGCAGAAUUCCACAGAGUCUCGCGAUGGCGGCGGCAUGCGUUCAGGUGGCGCUGUGCCCAAGUCCCACAACUUUGGCAACUACGGUGGACCUCCAAGUGCAGGCGGACCUGGUGGCGGCAACUCCUUGCCUCGUGGCGAUUCCACCAACUCCAGCAAGAGUGGACGUGGCGGCUUUGCCAAGCAGGACUCAACUGGCAGCACCAGCACACCUUGGCGUCUGUCGCCCUCGAGCAGCGGCUACAAGACACGCACACAAUCCGUGCGCUCCGAUUCCGUAACGCCAUCGCCCACGGGCUACGGCAGCGACAGGCAGACGCCGGAGUUCAGCCAGCAGCCUUCGGUGCAGGCUCAGUCGUCGUCGUCGUCUUCUUCUAACCGGGGAAUGGCUUAUCUGCAGCAACAGCAGGCAGCAGCAGCGGCGGCAACACCAAUUGCAACGGCAGCAACAACGACAACAACAUCAGCGUCCAAUGCCCCAGAGUCGGCAUCAGCAUCGGGACUCGUCUGGGCCGUUACAGACAUUUCGAGUGUGCCAAUUGGCAGCGUCCUCAUUGAUCCGCAAACCCUCCAACCAAUUCUCAAUCCAGACGGCUCCAUUUACCACUACGACCCGUCCAACUUGCCGCCCAACCAGGCGCUGCAACAUCAAUCGGGCAACAAUGGAGGAAGCGGAGGUGGUGGUGGUGGCAACUAUCAGUCAAGUGGCAACUACUAUCGUAAAUCCUCGCCGCAUCAACCGCCGCAGCAGCAGCAACAACAACAACAGCAGCAGCAGCAACAACAGCAAUCGCAUCAGCAGACAGCACAGCAACAAGUCUACAGCAAUGAGUUGUCCUGCAGCUCAACGGAGAGCUAUGCCGAGGAGGUGCAAUCACCGGGCAUGGAAUGCUCCGAAGGCUAUGACAACUACACCACAGACUCACAGCAGCAGCAACAGUUGCAGCCGUCACUCGAUGGCAAGGGCGAUGAAUGUGAUAGCCUGUCCAGUGCCACCGGCUGCCUGAGCAUUACGACCUCGACCUCCACCAAGAACUACGAUCGCAUUGAGGUGCAAAAGUAUAAGAAUCAGGCAACCAGUCCCAAUAUACCCGCCUGUUGUGCUGCCGACAAGGAGCUCGAAGUGGUUGCACAACAACAACAGCAGCAGCAGCAGCAAUUGCAACAGGAACCGGAGCAAGAGACUGUUGUGGUAUCAGCCAGUGGCAGCAGCAGCAACAGCAGCAGCAACAACAGCAGCAGCAGCAACACCUCAGCACCAGUUGAGCUGCCUCAGAGUCAGACACCGUUGCCGGUGGUUGUGCCGCUGGCGCAGAAUUGUGAUGCCCAAUCGCUGUCGCCCAGCAGCACGCCCUACAGUCAGUGCGAUGUGAAGACCGCCAGCCAGAGCCAAGCUCAGGUUGCGGUCGAGGAGCCCAAGACAACCACCUGGUCGUAUGCGUUCCAUACCACAACUACGCCCAAUGACGCUGCGCCCUACUGCGCCACCACAUAUCAGCAAGGACCCGAUGGCAGCAUCUAUGCUGUGCCACAGGGCAUGGUGUAUGCGGCGUAUCCACAGCCAACGGUGAGCAACGCCGCCUCGCAGCCGCUCUUCCAGCUGACGAGCAGCAGCCAGCCAACGCAAGCGCUCUUUGCCUCCCAAGAGGGCGGCGAACUGCCCGGCGGCACCUACAUGAUACCUGUCUUCGAUCCGGCCCAGCAGCAGCGCGAAAGCUUAAUACCCGCCCAGGCCAUCUAUCAGACGCCCGCUGGUCCAGCCACAGCUGUGAUGCCGAUGGCCACCGCCACCGCCUAUCCGACGGCCCAGUUUGCCGCUGCUGCACCAAAUGGUGCGCCUAUCUAUCAGGCGCCAUGGAUAUACUCGAGUGAACCGGCUGGGGCACAGCUGCAACAACUGCCGAUGGCCACAUAUCCAACGAUUGGCUAUCCGUAUCAUCAUUAUUAUCCCAUACCCUACUAUGUACCGCAACAGGCGGUCACUGCGGCGCCGAUGGUGGCCACAGCAGCGGCCGCUCAACCCGGCGGACCAAAUGGUCCCGCCGUCGGUUCGUCAUCGCAGCAGGUUCAGGCCGCUCAGGCGGCGGCCGCACAGCUGAAUCUCGCAACUGCCUCAGCGGCUGGACCGCCAACGGUAGCUGGCGGCCAGCAGGCCACCAAUGGCCACAUUGUCAGCAGCGGCUCCAGUGGCGGCUAUUUGGGUGGCGCACGCGUUAAACGCACACCCGGCGGCGGCUCAAUACACUAUAAUCCCAGCUACCAGGCCGCGACGGCAGCCGGACAUGCUGCGGCUGCAGCGGCGGCGGCAGCUGGACAUCAUCCGGGCGCUGGAUCGGCGCAGAUCAUUAGCACACCCGGUGCUGGGGGCACAACGACAUAUCAUGCGCUGCCCACGCUAACGCUGGCGCAUGGCGGCGCGGGGGCCAACACAGAUCUCAAUGCGGCCGCCGCUGCCGCUGCAGCGGCUGCAGCAGCCGGUGCUCACGUCUAUGCGCUGCCCGCCCAGCAUACCGCAGCGCUGAUACCGACCAACAUCUUCCCCUAUGCGACGGCGGCGCCGGGCCAGCCGGGCGCCCAGCAGGCGGGACCACAUGGCGCUGUGCUGCAGCAGCAGCAACAGGCGCCGCCACCAGCUCCCCACUCGGCGCCGCAUCAUGCGCUCAUCACAGCGGCGCCCUUCUAUUCGGCGGCCAGCAUGGAUGCCACCGCCUCACAGUCGGCCCCCAGCACGCCAGCCGCACCCGGACGUCAGGCGCCGCUCUUCAGCACACCUCCAGCGCCCAAUGGAGGUGGCAAUGGCAGCGGUGGCGUUGGUUCUGGCUUGGGUUCGGCUGCCGGCUAUCACAGCAACAGCUCGACACCGCAUUACUAUCACAGCCAGAGCAGCAACGAGGGCGGCUAUGUGACGCCCUACGAGAAGCGCAACAACCUCGGCGGCAACAACGGCGGCAGUGGCGGGGGCAUGGGUGCUCCAGCUCCCGGUCGCAAACCGUAUCAUCCCGGUGGCUACAAUCCACGGCACUCGGUGCCGCUGAGCGGCAUGCCUGCGGGCGCCAAGACGCCGCUGCUGAACUCCAACAAUGAGCCAACGCCACGCGCCUCGCCCAGCAGCGUCAGCUUGGGCGGACCUGGUGGCCAUGCGACGUCGUCGAGCUACCAUCAUGCUGCGCAUCGUGGACCGCCACCGGCUAUGGGCAAGCGUGACAUGAAGCCUGCCCAGAUGCCGCUGAUCAGCGGUCCACCGCCCAGCUAUGCCACAUCGAGCAGUCCCGCGGGUCAAGGUGGCUACGAGGCAAAGCCUCCGGUGCGCCUUAAUGCUGGCGCUGCCAGUUUUCGCAGCCAGAAAUCGAUGAAUGCCGACUAUCGACGCAGCGUCUCGCAGCGCAAUUCGCCUAGCGCCAAUGGGGCGGGCAAUGGCAACGGGAAUGGCAACAACAGCAGCAGCAGCCAUAGCCAUGAGAGCAGCAACAAUUCGCCCAACAGUAUUGCAGGUGGUGCAGGCGGUGGCAACAACAGCGGCAACAGCAACAACAACAGUGCAGCCAACACACCGAAUGCCAAUGCACCUCCUCCGGCCACCAAUCUGGGCACCCAAUACAUUGUCGUCGAUCAUGCAACGGGCGCCGCUGUGAACACCUCGCCACCAUCGCUGUAUUUGAGCGGUGGCAACAAUGCCGGCGGCGGAGGUGGCGGUGGCGGCGGCAACGGUGCCGGACCGCGCGCCUCGCACAUUCCAGCCCAGCUGCAUCACAAUGCCGGUGCAGCAGCCGCAGCGGCGGCAGCAGCAGCAGCAGCCGGUGCUGGUGGCCAACAGGCGGCCGCAGUGCUCAGCGGAGUUGCCGCUUUGGGUGGCUACAAUCCCAAUGCCGCAUCCGGUGUAUACAUCAAGUAUGGCCAGACAUACUUUGCGCAUCCAUCGGUGACCUUGCCCAACAAUCGACGUUCGCCCUCGAACGACAUUCGGCCACAGAUGGCUCAGGUUACCGGCAUGUAUCCCGCCGCAAUGAUGAUACAAGCACCUCCACGUCAUCCAAGUCGUCAUCCGAAUCCGAACUACAAAGGAUCGCGUCCGCGGUAAAUCUAUCGCCGCUCCCGUGGACAACUAGGAAGGACGCUCACAACACAAAAGCAACAACAAAAACAUAUAAAAAAAAGAUAAAAAGAAAACUACAUACACAUAACGACAUACCUAAGAUAAAUAUAAAUAGCAACCUAAUCUAGUGGAACAUAAUGUAGAUGACAAAAGAAAAACAUAACAAAAAAAAAAAGAAUGGAAGGAAUGGAAAUGAAAAGAAAAGAAGUGUGCAGAAAAAGAACAGAAGCGAGAACACAGAGCAAAAAAUAGAAGGAGCAAAGGGCCGAAGAGCAACAAUAUGAGAGAGAGACACACAGUCAGAGUUGUUGGGCAGAAAAAGUAGCAGAGGAGACUGAGAGGGAAGGGAAGUAGGAGUAGGAGAAAAGUGUGAGCAAAUUGUUAUCUUCCGCAAAGAGUCAGAGAGCAUAUAGCAUAUAGCCCUAGUUAAGAAGUACUGCAUAUUGUGUAGCUACAAACAACAACAACAGCAGCAGAAAGAACAAACAACAACAACAGCAGCAACAUAAACGUAAACGUAAACAAAUAUAAAAACAAUAACAAAACAAACCAAUCAACAAAACCAGUAAAUAGAAAUAAUGCUGUAUAUUUUGUGCCAUUAACAAAUAGUCUUAAAAAGAAAAGCAAAACUAAUUACGAGUACCGAAGAAGCAAUAAUUAAACACAACGACGGAGAACAAAUGACAAUGGACAGAGGACGAUACACGAAUCACUCAAAAGUCGACUGCAAACUAUUAGAAUAUCAUCUAUAUAUACAUAUAUGGGAUAGCGUUAAUUCUGGCAGAUGCAAAACACAAUCGGAAAUUGUUUAUAGAGACUGACGGCAAACCUCAGAAUUGACCGAUAGCUAAGGCAAGACAACCAAAAAGCAGCAGCAGCAGCAGAAUCUCCAGACUUGACGUAUUCAUAAAUCGCAUUCUAAUUAGGGAAACUCUUUACUUCAGUUCCACUCUCAACAAUUUGCUGCUAUUCUAAAAAGAAAAACAAAUGUAUUAUAUUUAAUAUUUAUGGUCUUGCUUUGGUGUGUUUAAUUGAAUGCGUUUUAAUUAUGUUAGAAAUCUCAACCAAAAGCAAAUGUAACUCCAACUGAAAUGACCACAGAAAACGACCCGACACUGGCCGAGAAAGACUGCUGCCAAAUGUGAAAAUACCUAUGGGCAUGGCAUGUACUAUAUUUAAACAUAUUUUGUUUGUGCAAAAUUUGUAAUUCUUGAAGCUCUUCGAGUUGUCUGGCUCCAGAAAUAGAAAUUCUCGAAAUCAACAAUCUGCUGUUCGAAAUGAAACACAAGUUUUGUUAUUAAGUCAAUUUAAUAUUAAACACUAUUAUUAUUAUUAUUAUUAUCAUUAUAGUAAUUAUUGAUUAGUUAUUAUUAUUAUUAUUAUCUUUACAUCGAUCAUUUUGUGAAAUUUAUGAUUUGAAUUUCCUUAUUAUGUUUAUGUUUAUUUCCAUUAUUUGAAUUAGAAUUGAAUUCUUUAUGUUCUUUUUUAAUUUCUGUUCCUUAUGGCAAAGAAGCUGCACUUUAUUUUUCGUUAUGAUUAAUCUUAAGACGAGUAAUAAAUUGAAAUAUACAUAGUAAAGAGAUGGCGCAGAGAAGAGAAGAGACGGCGUGAAGCAGAGAAGUGAGGAAGAGAGCCAAGCAGCUAUACAUUUAUUGUUAAACAAGAUAUUUAGCUUAGCGUAUAAAUUACAUAUGUAUAUGUACCAUUUAAUAUAUAUACCUAUAUAUAUAUAUUUCUCUAAAUAUAUAUAUAUAUAAAUAAUUAUUUAGGCAAGUGAAACGAGAAAAACAAAAUAAAAAUCUUAGUUAAAGUUGCCUUGUUGUAUUUUCGUUUUCAUUUCGCUUUGUUCUCGCUUACUCUUUCGAUUUAGAAUUUUCUAUUUUUAGUUUUGCGCCCUGGCAAGCAACGGAUCGCCUCGCUCUUAAGAGAUCUUAAUUGAGUUGGCGCCCAAGAAUUCCGAUCUGUGACACAAUAACAAGAACAAUCUUUCGUUAUGAUUUGUUAAUAUGCCUUCUGUUUUCUGCUUUCGUACAACGAAUUUGGACUUCAAUACAAUAAAAUCAUUCACUACACUACACCAACAACCCUCAAAACUGUAUGUCUAAAUGUACAUAACAAUAAUUUACAAGCAAAAAAAAGAAAGAAAUACAAAAAUAACUAAGUGAACCUAAACGCGACUAAAGACUUAGCUGAUAAGUAGGUUAGAAGGACUGGGACAGGACUCAACCAUAGACUAUGAUGAUGAUGAUGAUGAUGUGGCGCAAGAUUUGUAAUCAAUAAAUAUUUGCACCGAAUACGUACAGCAAUUAAAAUUGUUAUCGAAGUCGUAUCUAUUCUAUUAUUACCAUGUACUAUUAUUAUUAUCAUUUCGAGCAUUGCAAUUCUUAUGAACUCACUCACUCAUACACCUAAACUAAGUAUAGCUUUCAAAAGUGCGCUAAAUAAUAAUAAUAGUAAUAAUAAUGCUAUAUGCAGCUUACAUAACACACAACAUAAAGUAACAUAUAUCUAAAAUGAAAUACGAUUACGAAACGAGUAUAAAACGUACCAAAUAAGUUUAGAGAAACUGCUCAAAAAAAUGAAAAAGAAAUCAUACAAUUAACAAAACGAUACAGAUCCUGGAGAGAACUUGAGAAAUAUGUAAGCACAAAACGUAUAUUGUACCAGAGAACACUGAAACGCUUUGUUGGCUAGUCCCGAAUACCACAUAGAUAGAGACAGUUAGGAGGUAGCUAGGAGUGUGGAAGAAAGAGUAUGGAUUGAUCGGAAGGAAGGACACGACGUAUCGAACAUUUGCUCCUGUUGUGGAUUUCUUUGUUUGUUGCUCUGUUUGUUAUGAAAAGAUAAAAAUAAUGUUGAGAGUAAUGUUGGGAUCGUUAUACCGUCAGAAGAGAAGCAAAGAGUGGGAAAGAGAGAGAGCGCGAGCAAGCGAGAGCGGGGAUAACAAAAGUCAAGAGAUUAGGCAUAGAAUAUGGGAAAUGAAAAUAAAAAAAACCCUCUCAAGAGGAAAAUAUGUUAUACAAUAUUAUUAUUACAUCAUGAUUAAUCUAAUGGUAAAAUGCAUCGUAAUUAUAGUUAUACAACAACAAAAAUGCGACAUGAAAACAAAAAUCAAGAUCAACAACAGCAACAACCACUCGGAACAACAUAAAAACCGCAUGCAGAAUUACUCGUAAUAACGAUUUAAAAUGAGAUAAAGACAAAA